UGCUUACUUAAAAUAUAGAAAUAGCAGCCUGCUUGUUAGUUGUUUAUAUUGUGAAUCGUUUAUAUUUAGUGUCAUGUUAACAAAUUCAGGAUUAUUAUCUCAAAACAUGCAAACGUUUAUGAUUCGAUUUAUUUUUCCUCAAUCAAAAGGAGAUUCAUAACAUGAGCUGAAAUUCUUCAAGAAUAUUUUACUAUAAAUCACAAUUUCUGUUUUUAUAAUUUACGGUUUGAAAUGUCUACAGUUGUUUCGGAAGUUCCAACAGCUCUGAAAAGGCUGGUGCGGUUAGUAAUGAGAGGAUUCUACAAUGUUGAACAUGUGAUAGUGAUGGAUAUGUUGAUUAGAAAUCCUUGUGUGAAGGAGGAUGAUUUAGUCGAGCUUUUGAAAUUCGAGAGAAAGCAGCUUCGCUCUGUGGUUGCUCAGCUGAAAAAUGAUCGAUUUGUGAAAGUAAGAUUAAGAAUGGAAACUGGUGCUGAUGGUAAAGCAACUAGGCAGAACUAUUACUAUAUUAACUAUAAAAUUUUUGUAAAUGUGGUGAAAUAUAAGCUAGACCACAUGCGUCGGAAAAUUGAAACAGAAGAGAGAGAUUCAACAAGUAGGGCCUCAUUUAAAUGUACGGCUUGUGAAAAAACUUUUACCGAUCUGGAAGCCGACCAACUGUGUGAUUUUAUGACCGGAGAAUUUCGUUGUAGUUUCUGUGAUGCUCCGGUUAUGGAGGAUGAAAGUGCAUUACCAAAGACUGAUUCUAGGCUAUUGUUAGCUAGAUUUAAUGAACAGAUUGAGCCUUUAUAUAAUCUUUUAAGGGAAGUAGAUGACAUUAAGUUAGCUCCAGAGAUUUUAGAACCAGAGCCAACUGAUAUGACUCAAAUCAAAAAAGAUGCAAGUGGAAAUAAAUUACCUAGACCUUCUCAGAUAUCAAAUGAGAACCAUACAACUUGGAGUGGAGAUGCAACUAGAAACAAAAGUUACGAUUAUGGUAACGCACAAGCUAUCACUGUCAAUUUUGGUGCUGAUGAUGCGCAGAAUCUCCAGUCUGUUCAAGAAAAGAAGGAACAGCCAAUUUGGAUGGUAGAAAGCACUGUCAAAACUGAUAAGCUUGAAACUUCUGAUUACGCUUGGGGUCAAGAAAAAAUUCACAAUGUUGUGUCUGAAAAUAGUUCUGUGAACAUGAAGCAAGAUGACAUAAUGGAGGCUCUCUUAGCUCAUGAAAGGAAAGGAGUUGGUGAAUCAAAACUUGUGAUUCCUGGUCACAAUAGCAAUGAUGAAAGCAGUAGUGAAUCAGAGGAUAGCCAAAAGCCUGUGCAGUCUGAAUCAAUGGAUGUUGAAGUUGGAGAAAUGGAAAGUGAGGAAGAGGAUAAUUUAAUGAUUUCAGUAGGAGAUCAAAAAUAUGCUAUUGAUGAAGUUACUGAAGAACUCAUAUCUAAAAUGACACCUGAUGAAAAAGAAGCAUACAUUAGAUUAACCCAAGAUCUAUAUUCUAGAAUCUAUGAUUGAAA